ACACGAUUUUAAAAAACGUAUAAAAAUAGAAACACAAUCGAUAUCUGACUGUAAUUAAGUAGGCAUAAUUCAAUUAUAUGUAUGAGGCAACGUUUGCAUAUGUACGUAUGAUUUUUGCAUUUUUCAUCACGAAAUUAUGCUUCAAUUGAACAAUGAUUUUUCCAUAAUUAUUUUAAUUAAAUGAUUACUGAAUGUAUCCAAAUAAUUCAUAAGAAAGUAUUCACAGGCUAUUAUGCAAGUGAAGAAAAUUGGAAGUAUACUCUUAGUCUCUUACAUGUGGUUAGGUUUGCUGUAUAAGACUGAAUUGAUAGGCAUCAGCUCAUAAGUUUAUGGCAAAUAGAUGCUGAGUAUUGAGUUUCUAAUUUAAAUAAUUAUGGAUUAACAUUUUUGGUUCAAGUAUAUUUUGAAUUAAUUCUGCAGCAUGAUUUCAAACUGGACUCCUCUUCCCAACAUCCAUCAUUGAAAGAAACAACGAACCAUUCUGAUUUCUUUUUCGUUGUAAAAUGUACCUAUCUCAAAAAUUACUGAUCACCAUCAUAAUACCAGUAAUUUCGAGCUUAAAUCAGCCUCAAAAUGAUCAAGGAAUAAAAGUCGAAGUCCCACCAGAAUCAGCGGACUUCUGCGAACCUCCUGCACCACGCAAUGAAUUAAGAUCCGAUACGAGAAACCUGGAUGAAAUAUUUGAACGCGAAUCAAACAAGUAUUGGUCGGUUCAAGAGGCAAGAAAAGCUAUAAUAGACCAAGACGGCGAUUAUGAUUUCGAAUUACAACAAAUUGUUAAAAAUAGAUCGUACGAGUUCAAAGAUGGCACUUACUACACGACAGGAACUACACCGAAAAAAUAUAAUUGGAAAGAGAAUGUUCAAGAUUUCGGCACUUGCUGUCACUUAGCAGCCGAAGAUCUGCGUAGGAGGAUAGAAGAGCAAACAAAAACACCAACUGCGGACACAACAUUUAUGCUUUUGAAACAAGUUGAGAGCUUUAUCCUACUCGUGUUAAAUUUUAUCAAACAAACUAUACCAUUUGACACCAAGACCCGAGAAUAUGCCCGGAUGAACAAAUGGAGAAAUAAAUGGAAGAAUUGGUAUCAAUUGUCGAUCGUGUUUCCUAAUGUACUGGCUUAUUAUAUGAUGGUUCCUUCUGGAUCACGCUCGUUAUCAUCUACCGAUGUAAUCAUUCCACUUAUAUUGAAAAUAAUCAAAACACCGUAUCAAAGUUUAUCCUACAAUCGUGAUGGGGCAAAUGCCGUCGCCAUGUUUGGACCAUGGCUCAUAGCGACAGUCUAUUCUUCGGAUUGCGACGAAGAAGUUUACAAGAGGACGAUACUCGAUGGCAGCCAAGAGUAUAAGAACGUUGUUAAAGAGUUGACUUUACCCUAUAGCGUAAAACGUUUCGGCAAAGGACUUCAUCGCGAUGGAACAUACAUAUCGCAUGAGACAGUUCUAGGGUUCGGGUAUUUGAAAAUGAUGUGUUCGAAGUACACCAUGUACGUGUACUCGUUUGACAAAACUUUGAAAGAUACACCGGCACCGCAAUGUAAUCGAGUCCUAGCUCUGAUACUUCAUCAGAGCGUUGCUCGUGGUCCUCCGGGAAUACUUAAUCGAGGUAAUAACUUCAGAACUGAUACAAAUCCGAAAGCAACUCAGGGUAGUAAAAUUAUGCCACUAGCUCGAGUUUUACGAGUCAAUACGGCCAACUGCAGAUUUUUCGUGCGCGGUGUUACCGCUGGUAUCGGAUUCUACGAGGCAGAUCACUCCAGCGACUUGUACUCCCAGUACUGGGUUCAAUCUCGUAUACCAUUCAGAGGAGAUUCCAUAACUGAUAUUCCCGAAUUCAAACACGCCUAUGGUUUGAUAUUUUCCACAGAUCACGAUAAUUAUACUCAACUAAAAUCCCGCACUGAAACCACCGAUAUUUAUUACCCCACCGAUGAUUCGUGGAGUAUUGUUGGAAGUUUAGGUACCAACGAAGAAACCCAACAAGAAUUUCUGAGACAAAAUUACGCGAUACUUCAUUACGGCAAAUAUCGUGUCUACGAGUACAUUCGUUAUGCGCAUCGUGAUGCAAACCGAGUAGUCGUAGAUUUAGAAAUCGAUAAUCGCCAAGGAGAUAAAGAAUUGGGUAUCCGGUAUAGUUCAGUCGAAGUAGAUCCUAAUAAAAUGGAUGAUAAUUAUAAGAAUAACUUGCGAGUGAUGAAAAUUGAAAAAGGGAAAAUCGCGAGAUUACAGCAUGACGUGAACUUGGCGAAAUGCACAAUCAAGACAAUUCUCGAGGAGAAGAAUUUGCCCGAAGCUAUGUGGCCAAAUAUCGAUACCAAACAGACGACUUUAAUUUUGCAUAAAUACCAGGACCGUAACGAUGUGUGGACUUUGAAUACAGUCGACAAUGUAAUAUCGUCCUCUGUUUCUGGUAUUCAUUCGUGCGCUGCUCCUUUGCCUAAUGAAAUGGAAAACGAGUCGAUUCGCGAUGAUAAAUUUGUUUUUGACAAAAAUCAAAACAUUUACACGUAUAAAAAAUCCAGCGCUAAGUGCCAUUUACUUAGAUGGUUAUCAUGGCUCUACAAGCCAAAAGGGUGCAUUUGAUGUCUUUUGCAUUAAACUGAACGAAGUCCCAUCCCAAUUUUUGAGUUUUACUAUCAUGUACAUUGGAAUGUCAAGCUCAAAAAAAAGUUCUUUUUACAGCUUCUAACAACUCAUGAGCUCUCAAGCCUUCAACAAAUUAUUUUCUCAUAUAUUUGCGUAUUAAUCAUGUUCAAGAAAAUCUUUACUGUUUCAUUC